UGUUAAAUGAACUGUACAUUUAUAUAUACUUGGCUUCGGUAGAUACGCGUCUCUCAUUUAUGACAGCCACCUAAUACUGUGGUAAUGCAUUAACGAAAUUGAUGGUGAAAUUCCAUGUGGAUAAUAAGUUUUCGGUUUACACAGGGAGUUUCGUUUCCCUGUUAUUAGGGUUGGACAAUCGGAUCGGGUUAGUCGGGUUCGGAUAAAAUCGAACCGAUUAAUCGGAUCUCGGUUCGGAUCGGAUUUUACAAAAAUAACCGAUCGGUUAUCAUAAUCCUAUAACCGAUCGGAUCGGUUCGGUUCGGGUAAAUAACCGAUCGGUUCGGGUAUCCGAUUAAACCGAAUUUAACAUUUAAGUUUAAUUAAUUUGGUUUAGAUAUAACCCUCUCGACCUCUCCUCUCUCCUCCGCCUCUGUCGAAGUUCGAAGGCUCGAAGCUCCUCUUCCUCAAGCUCGAUCCGUGUCCUCCGUCGCCGGUUGUCGAAGCACUUCUGGUUUGCGUCACCGGCUACCCCUCUCUCUCUCUCUGCACCUCUGAUUUGUCAUCGACUCCUCUCUCUCUGCACCUCUGGUUUGUCGUCGACUGCCUCUCUCUCUUCGUCUGUGGUUCGUGUGAGCUUCGUUUCAACCUUCUUCUACCUCUGUUCGUGUGAGCUUUGCUUUCUGCUUUUCUUCUGCAUCAUCGGCGGCCUCUCUCGCACCUCUGGAUUGCGUCGCCAGUGGGUUCUUCGUCUGAGCUUGCCCUUGUCUUCUCUCUGGUUCAGCCUUGUGCGUCGCCGGUUUGCCUUCGUCUUCAGUCCGAGAUGGUUAGAAUUGGAGAAUCGGCCGGUAAUACGAGAAAAGAACCACCGUCAGAUUCAGAACUACCUCCGAAAGCAAAGAGGAUAGUUCCAGCGAGGUCCCAGGUAUGGCAUCACUUUACCAAACUUUCCGAUAACCCAAAGAAGUGCACUUGCAAUUAUUGCGGUGUUAUGUUGACGGGCUGUUCAUCAAUGAGUACAAGCAGUUUAAAGAAUCAUAUUCAGAAAACUUGCAAGGUAUAUAAGAAUCUUUCUGAAAGUGCUUGUCAGAAAACCUUAAGUAAAGAUCUGUCCAUCGGAGGAGAUUCUAAACUUAUCACUGUUGGGUUUAGUCAAGAGGCAGUUAGAGGAGCAUUGGUUAGUAUGAUUAUUAUGGAUGAACAACCUUUUACAUUUGUUGAAGGAGAAGGAUUUAAACAUUUCUGUAACGUUGGAUUGCCUUCAUUUGUGAUUCCUUCAAGAAGAACAGUGACAAGAGAAGUUUAUCAGUUAUUCUUGAAUCAGAAGGCUUCUUUGAAGAAUUUGUUGAAUGAGAACAAGCAAAGGGUGUCUUUUACUACAAAUAUUUGGACAUCGAUAACAACAAUGAGUUACAUGGUUAUCACUGCGCAUUUUAUCGACAGAAGUUAGCGUUUGCAUAGAAAAAUUAUCAGUUUCAGCCCUAUAUCGAACCAUAAGGGAGAGACCAUUGCAAGAGAAUUUGUAAAAUGUUUGGUGGAUUGGGGUAUCGAUAAGGUUUUCGCCAUUACCGUUGAUAGUGCUAGCGCAAAUAAUUGUGCUUUGAGGCUUUUAAACAACAAGUUGAAUACUUGGUGUGAAGAUACUCUUGUGUUGAAAGGAUAGUUUAUGCAUUUGCGUUGUGGAGCACAUGUUUUGAAUUUGAUUGUUAAAGAAGGGUUAUCAGACAUAGGUGAUAGUGUGGCGAGCAUUCGCAAUGCUGUUAAGUAUGUAAGGUCGUCCGAUUCAAGGUUGCAAGCAUUUAAAAGUCGAGUUGGAAGUGAUAACUUUAACAGAGGAAGUUUGGUUUUGGAUUGUGCGACACGUUGGAAUUCGACAUUUCUGAUGUUAUCUUCCGCUUUGAAGUAUAAAGAAAUAUUUAAUCGAAUGAAAAUGGAAGACAAGCUUUAUGAGGAUUAUUUUGCUGAAGAUGAUGAUUCUAGAACCGGCAAGAAAAGGAUUGGUCCUCCUUCAGAAAAUGAUUGGGAAAAUGCUCAUCGAUUGGUACGAUUCUUGAAGAUUUUUUAUGAAUCGACUUUAGCAUUUUCUGCUACUACAAAGGUAACUUCUACUUGCUAUUACAACGAGAUUAUAAAGAUUGAAACGGUUCUUUUAUCCUUGGCAAACAAUCCCGAUCACGAAAUGAGCAAGAUGGCAAAGAUAAUGAGGUUCAAGUUCGAUAAGUAUUGGGAAGGCACCGAAAGGAUCAACAAGUUAUUGAUUGUUGCAUCUGUAUUUGAUCCAAGGAGUAAGAUGAGUUUUGUAACUCAUUGUUUUGACAAGAUGUAUGGUAAGGAUAGUGCCAAAAGCGUCGACAUGAAGAAGAGCAUCACUGAUGUGUUGCAUAGGUUGUUUGUCUCCUAUUAUGAGUGGUACAAAUACAAAACACCAAGUGGAGAAAGAUGUGAAAGUAGAAAAUCAUCCGUUGAGAUGUCUGAAUCGUCAAGUAAUAUGAAUGGUGUUGAUAUCGAUAUGGGUUUCAUAUAUGAGGAUGACCCUUUUGCUUCGUUUGCUCAAAUGAUAGUAGAUAAAGGGGUGGUUGAGGAAUCACCGAAUGAGUUAGAUAUUUAUUUGAUGGAAAAGGUCGAGGUGAUGAAACCUAACAGCUUGGGUUGCGAAUUUGAUAUUUUAUCAUGGUGGAAGACGACCAAUGGUAAAUUUCCAAUCUUGGCAGAAAUGGCGAGAGAUUUAUUAGCAAUUCCAGUCUCUACUGUUUCAUCUGAGUCCGCGUUUAGCACAGGAGGUCGCAUUCUAGAUCAAUAUCGAAGUUGUUUAACUCCUGACAUGGUUGAAUCAUUGAUCCUAACACAAAAUUGGUUGAUGUCUCAUCUUAUUUCUGACGAAAAACGUAACUUCAGUGAGUUGAUCGCGGAAAAUGAAUUUAUGUUUGCAUUGGCUGAAGAAUUUCGGAAAUCAUCGGGACAAAGUGAUUUGUGUGUUGUCUAGAAAGAUGAAGAUAAAUUAUGGUUUGUCAUAUGGAGAUUUGGUUGGAGAAGAUUAGUUUGAAGAAGAUUUUGGAUUUGAAACGAGUUGUUUGAACAAUAUUUUGGAUUUGUUUUUGUAUGA